AUGACUGGGAACCAGCAGAAAUCUAAACAGUCCAAGCAACCCAAGGAUUCCCAACUCGCUUCCAUCUCUAACGGUUUAAAUAGGCGUCGUCCCGGCAGCACCGAGGAUACAACGCCAGACCACCUAAAAUCUAUUCCAAAUAGAAAACUACGUAAUAAGCUCAUUCGCCAGCACAACUACCAACAAGCCAGCCAGCGUGCUAUUGCUGAUUAUCAGCAUUAUCUCUUACCAGACAGCAGCAACGGCAUUCAGCCAGAGCAUCCCCUUGAACGCACCUACAAACUCAAUCAAUCCCAUAUCAAAGACGCCGUCGCGGUCUCCACCGCACAGAAGUCCUUCUCCCUCUCCAUCCAAUCUGGCGUAAACGCCCUUUCGUACUCUAACGACGGCCGUAACCUCGCCUUCACCGCCCCGCACGGCCGUAUUGCUUCCUUUGACCCCACUCUCGGCCGACUACACACCGAUAUCAACACCCAUGAACACACCUCCGCAAUCACCUACCUCCACAACUCUAGUAUGAUGGCUGUAGCCCAAUCCAAGUAUGUCUACAUCUACGACAACCAGGGUUUAGAACUGCACAAACUCCCUGACCACAUUGAACCCCGUCACCUUCAAUUCCUCCCGCACCAUUUCCUCCUCGCCUCCGCUGGACACACUGGCUGGCUCAAAUGGCAGGAUGUCAGUACAGGUGCGAUGGUAGCCCAAACACGUACCCGCCUCGGCCCCACCACCGCAAUGGCCCAGAACCGUACCAACGCCAUCCUCUCCCUGGGUUCGAGUAACGGCACAGUCAGUUUCUACUCUCCCUCCACUCCUCACGCCCAUGUCAAGCUACAAGCCCACCGCGGUGGUGUCCGCUCCAUCGACCACGACCGUCAAGGUCGCUAUCUCGCCAGUGCUGGUGCAGACGGUAUGGUGAAGCUCUGGGACAUGCGAAUGUGGAGGGAACUCACCACUUUCCGCGCCCGCAACCAGAUCGCCGAUAUCAGCUUCAGUGAUACAGACAUGCUAGCUGUGGGGUGGGGCAACCAUGCCUACGUCUACCGCGACCUACUACAGCAGCAAGUUGACAACGGCAGCAGCAGCACCCCUACACCCUACCUCACCCACCACUUCAGCGGGAGGAAUGUAAACAAAGUCGCCUUCUGCCCGUAUGAGGAUGUCUUAUCGGUGGGACACGCCGGUGGUCUCGAUAAUCUCCUCAUUCCAGGUGCUGGAGAGGGUAACUACGACUCCCUCGAAGCUGAUCCCUUCGAAGGCAAAGGCGCGCGUCGUGAGCGUGAAGUCCGCCAGUUGCUCGAUAAGAUCCAGCCCGAUCUUAUUACUUUCAAUGACAACGUCCUCGGUGGACUUCACCUCCAGCAUGAUAACAACAACCCUAAUGCGAAGAAGGUACAGGGUAAGAAAACUCGCCCGGUCGGCACGCCCAAGCCCUUCGCUCAGAUGUCGAGAUCGGAGCGACUGCGUGCGAAUGGGAUGGGAGAAAGCGACGAGGAGGAGGGUGAUGACGGUGACGAUCAAGCUGACGAUGACGCUGACGAUGCUGAGGGCAUGCUCGACGAACUCGACACUCAACAUCACGACGACAUGGGUAGAGCACAAUUGAAGCAGAAGAAGAAAAUGAGAGGUAGGAACACCUCUACGAAGAAAUACCUGGCGCGGAAACGUAAGAACGUCGUCGAGCCUUCUCAACUCGCCCUCAAAGCUAAAUUGGCUAAAGAGAAGGCUGAUAUUGAGGCUAACGUUGCUAACAGACGUGGCACCAACACCCCUCAUCAACCGUCUGCUUUGGAUAGGUUUACCAAGUAG